UCCUCGUGCCAACCCGCUACAUCGUCGUCAGAAACAGCAGAACCUGUAUCAAAAACAAAUAAGCACGAUGGGAAUCAUUGAUCGAGUUGAAGAAAUUCGCUGCAUGUGCCAGUACAAGCUGUGGCACGACGAGCCCAAUUUUGAAAAGGAUGAAACUAUUCCCGGUGACCUGCGUCGUUGCUACGAGUUUCUGAAGCUCACAUCUCGUUCGUUCGCUGCAGUGAUCAUGGAGCUGACUCCUGAGCUGCGUAUUGCAGUCAUGAUCUUCUACUUGGUCUUGAGAGGUCUGGACACUAUUGAAGACGAUAUGACGAUCUCUCUGGAGAAAAAGAAACCCUUGUUGCUGGACUUUUAUAAGUUCAUUGAGCAACCAGGCUGGAACUUCAAGGAGAGUGGACCUAACGAAAAGGACCGUCAGCUGCUUGUUGAGUUUGAGGUCGUUAUUGCUGAAUAUCACAACUUGAAGCAGGGUUACCGUGACGUUAUUUCUAGCAUUGCGAAGGAAAUGGGCAGCGGCAUGGCCAAGUAUGCUACACUUGCUGAGGAACAUGAUGGUUACUCGGUCGAGUCGUUGGAGGACUUUGAUAUGUACUGCCAUUAUGUUGCCGGUCUUGUUGGCGAGGGUCUUUCUCGUCUGUUUGCAAACAGUGAUUUGGAGACCAAGGAUCUGGCCAAGCAACCUGCACUCUCGAACUCGGUUGGUCUCUUCUUGCAGAAGACCAACAUUAUCCGUGAUUAUCGUGAAGAUUUUGAAGACAAGCGCCAAUUCUGGCCCCGUGCCAUCUGGUCCAAGUACACCGACGAUUUUGGCAGCUUCUGUGAGCCCGGUAACGUAAAGGCUCUUUACUGCUUGUCAGAGAUCGUUGCCAAUGCGUUGGAGCACGCUCCCAGCGCUAUUGAAUACUUGUGCCAACUUCAAAACCAGCAGGUGUUCAACUUUGUUGCGAUUCCUCAAUGCAUGGCCAUUGCUACGCUUGCCGCUGUCUUCAAGAACCCCGAGACUUUCCAAACGAAUGUUAAAAUCCGCAAGGGACAAGCUGUAACGAUUAUCAUGUACGCCAUGAACAUUAAAGCUGUUUGUGAUAUUUUCUUGCGUUACACCCGCGAAAUUCACGCCAAAAACACUCCUGAUGACCCUAAUUUCUUGAGAAUCUCUAUCGCUUGCGGUAAGGUGGAACAAGCUUGUGAAACUGCCUUCCCUACUCGCUUCCGUGAUAUGUAUGAACAAGCUGUGGCUACUAAGAUGAAGGCUCAAAAGAAGGGUCAAAAGGCUGUUCUUUCUAAAAAGCAAAAGGAAGAGCACAAGGAGGCUAUGCAAUACUUCGCCCUCAGUCUUGUCAUGGGUCUCAUUGCUAUUUUCACUACGUUGGGCGUCACGCUGUACUUUCUUGGUUUUGAUUUCACCCUUAAUGGUGUGCUUAGCCCUAGCCGCAUUAAGAACCUCUUCACCUCUUCUUCUUCUUCCGAGUAGACGACAUAACAUCCUUUCUUACUUCCUCCCUUGAUGAAAGGAGCUCACUACUUUCUAUCUGCUAUGGAAUUUCAACGAAUAUGACCUUUCUAUAUUUAACGAGUUACUGUGCAUGAACGAUAGCACACAAGAUGGUAAAGAGUCUUGUGGACUAUGGAUUACCGUUUUGUAUAACAAACAACGACAACACUGUUUGUGUGGGACGCGCGCUGGCGUGUGUGUAAGAAAAGUCCACUUUUUCAAGGGUCAAAUUGGGCGGGUGUAGCACAGGC